AUGGCAUUAUUCCAGGUUGAAGGAUGGAAUUUGAAGCAGGAUAAGGUGGCUGUUGGUGGUGGGUCAAAUAAGAAAAAGGAGAAAAAGGAAAGGAAGAAGGCAAAGAAAAUAGAGCAUGCUCUAGUGAGAGAAGAAGAAGAAAAGCAGAUACAAACUGGACACGAAGAACAUGCCAAAGCAAAAGCUAAAGAAACUGAAGGGAAAACUGAGAAUAAGGAAGAAUCUGAUUUAAAGAAGGAAAAGGUUAAAAAGAGAAAGCAUGACGAAAAUGAAGCACAGGAUGAAGUUCCUGAUAAGCCGUUACCAAUCACUCUGAAAUUGACCCCAUUGCAACAAAAGAUGAUGGCCAAAUUAUCAGGUUCGAGAUUUAGGUGGAUCAAUGAGCAAUUAUAUACGAUUACUUCGAAGGACGCAUUGAGCUUGAUUGAAGAUCAACCUGAGUUGUUUGAUGAAUACCAUCAAGGGUUCAGAUCUCAGGUGCAAUCCUGGCCAGAAAAUCCAGUUGAUGUGUUUGUGGACCAAAUCAAAACCAGAGCGUCUGCAAAGCCUGUUAAUGCACCAGGUGGAUUGCCUGGUUUACCAAAUAAGAAGGUGGUAAUUGCAGACAUGGGUUGUGGUGAAGCACAAUUGGCGUUGGAUGUUAAUAACUUUACAAAACAAUACAAUUCAAAGAAACAAAACAAGAAACAAAAACCAAAUCAAGGAAGGAGGUUCCAGACAGGACCAAAAACCUUAGAUAUAGAAGUUCAUAGUUUUGAUUUGAAGAAGGCCAACGAUAGAAUUACGGUCGCUGAUAUCAAAAAUAUCCCUCUUCCUAACGGGUCAUGCACAGUAGUAAUAUUUUGUUUAGCAUUGAUGGGAACAAACUUCUUGGAUUUCAUUAAAGAAGCCUACAGGCUUUUAUCUCCAAGUGGUGAAUUAUGGAUUGCUGAAAUCAAGUCGAGAUUCACCGAGUCAGCCGAAGCUAAAUCUAUUAAACCUGAAAAUGUAGGUUCAGAAUUCGUCGAUGCCUUGAAAAUGUGUGGGUUCUUCCACAAGAAAACUGACAAUGACAAUAAAAUGUUCACCAGAUUCGAAUUUUUCAAGCCUCCGCAAGAUAUUAUUAAUGAAAGAAAGGCGAAAUUAGAAAGACGCAAGAAAUUUGUUGAACACGAAGACGAGAAAGAAAAGUUCGAACUCAAAAGAUCAGAGAAAGCAGAGGGUGAAUGGCUAUUGAAACCUUGUAUAUAUAAGAGAAGAUAA